CCCCCCGCCCCACCCCCCCCCCCCUCCCAGCCCCCUUGUGAAUUGACAAGAUGGCUGCUGCCCCUACCAUGUCCAAGUGAGACGGUGGGAGGAGUAGUGGUAUCCUCAUCAUUGGUAUCAUGCUGGGUGAGGAAUAGGAUUGCGCCCCAUCAUUGGUGUCAGUGGAUGAAAAUUAGUGCCCCAGAUCAUUGGUGUCAUGUGGAGGAGUAGUGCCUCAUCAUUGGUUAUGCAGUGGUUGAGUGAAUAGUGCCCCCAUCAUUGGUGGUCAGAGCGAGGAUCGUGCCCCAUCAUUUGGUGUCAGUGGGAG